CUUUGGCGCUGCCCAAUCAGUGAAUCCUUUAAACACGCUCCAACAGUUGUCACACAGAACUUACAAACUCAAACUGGAGGAGGGAAGAUGAUGGCCUUGAAUGGACAGAAGACAAUCAGUAACCCGAUCAUUCCAUAUGUUGGGACAAUAUUUGGUGGCCUUGCUCCUGGACAGCUGAUUAAGAUCCAUGGGACUGUUCCUGAUGAUGCAGACAGGUUCCAGGUGGAUUUACAGUGUGGCAGCAGCAUAACGCCUCGAGCUGAUGUGGCGUUUCAUUUCAACCCCCGCUUCAAAAGGUCUGGCUGCAUUGUUUGCAACACACUGGAAAGGGAAAGAUGGGGCUGGGAGGAGAUCACUUAUGAGAUGCCCUUUCAGAAAGGGAAAUCAUUUGAGAUUGUCAUCAUGAUUUUAAAGAAUAAAUUCCAGGUGACUGUAAACAAGAAGCACUUGCUACUCUAUAACCACAGAAUUAGCCUUGAAAGAAUUGAUACUCUUGGAAUAUAUGGCAAAGUGCAGAUCAAAAGUAUAGAUUUUGUUCCUGAUGGGGAAAUGCCAGAUGGUUCACAAUUUGCUGUUCCCUAUGUUAAGAAACUUGAUACAGCACUUCGUCUAGGAUGCAUAGUUGCCAUUAAAGGAGAAGUGAAUAAAAACCCAAAGAGCUUCACAGUAAAUCUGAAAUCAAGCGACUCAAAGGACAUUGCAUUACAUCUGAAUCCCCGAAUGAAAAAUAAAGAUUUUAUAAGGAAUUCAUACCUUCAUGACAGCUGGGGAGAAGAAGAAAAGGAAAUUGCUAAUUUCCCAUUCAGUCCCGGGAUAUACUUUGAGCUGGUAAUUUUCUGUGAUUCCCACGAGUUCAAAGUUGCUGUCAAUGGCGUUCACGCUCUGGAAUACAAGCAUCGUUUUAAACAACUUGAUAAGAUCAACAUAGUGGAAAUAAUGGGAGACAUUCAAUUGUUAGAUGUGAGGAGCUGGUAGUAUUUUUCCAUCAGUACUAAAAGAAUUAAACUUUUUCUAAUGAGUGCCUCCUUGUCAAGUACAGACAGGUGGUGAUUUGUGCUGAGCCUGCCUUUAUCUAUCUAGGCUUCUCUGUC